CAGUCAAUUGGAGUAGAAAUGUAUGAUGACUUCCAGUUCAUUGUUGAGGAAGACUUGCUGUCAGCAUUAAGACCAAUUCAAGCCAGAAAGGCACUUGCUGCUUGGAAAUUCAGAUGCCGGACCCCUGAAACCAGCAGGUCCUCAAGUAAUGCAUCACCAGAUACUCCUCCAUUAGAGCAGUCUUUGUCCCCGCUAAGUGUGUCAUCAAACUCCUCCAGCAGCAACCAGACAUCUGCAGCAGACUGGGUGGACACCUUUGAGAUACCAUGGGAAAAGUUCUCAGAAGAACUGAUGCAGGCAUUAGAGAGAGGUAAACGGCCAAGUCCAAAAAUGAGGAAGGAGAUGGUCAGGAUUGUGGUGUCUGAAAUGAUGCAAAAAAGUUCUUACUUGGGUAAAAGGAGUUCUACAGAGGUUGCAAAGAAGAUGGUGGCAAAAUAUCCAAAAUCUCUACAAGACGUUAUUGAUGGAGAUGUCAUUGGCCCUGGCUAUCAUUCACUCGUCAAACAACUUCAAUAUCGAAUUGACAACGUGAAGCGAUCUACAAUGCCUAAAAUAAGAAAGCGAAAGCGCUGCUCUGAAAACUCUGACACAGAUGAAAUUCAUCAGGAACAGAGAGCUGCAAUUCAGGACACCUAUGGGUGUAUCAACUGGAAUGUAAAAUUCCUUCCUCUUGGAGAAACUGCUGAAAGUCAGCAACAGAAGAAGGACAAGCUCAAGAUGAUGUCUCUGCAGAAGGAGGCCAAUCCUGAGGAGAUGAAACAAUUACUGAGGACAACUUUCUACUCACAGCGCAAAGAUAUUAACCAGGGGAAAAGCAUUCAAGAUGUCUUGGAAGCCUGGCCUGUUUUAUUUCAUGACAUUGGGAUGGCUGUACACUACAAGGAACUUACUGGACUUGGAUUGAAGGAAACCUUCAUGAGGAACAUGGAUAUGAAGGGAAAAAGACUGCUGAACUACAUGAACACUGUUUGUGUGAACAAAAACAAAAGGUUUUUCCAGGCUCAGACAAAGUUGAAGAUGUUAAGGGGAGAACUGGACGGUUACUCUGAAGAUGUUAAAGAGCUGAUGCUCCUACUUCUCUGCUACUUCAAUGAAAAUGAAGAAGCAAUGUUCUUCUGUGUGGAGGACACAUGCCUAGCUGAAGAGGUACAGAUGGAGAAUGUCUCCUUGACUCCCACUGUCAUUGUGUGUGGUCAAUCCUGCUUCCAUGCUAAACGAUUCAUGCUGAGUGUGGAUCAACAGAUUGGAAACAACAACAUCUCCUGUUUUAUUUCUGCCCUCUGCAUGAUGUUUGGGAGCUAUUAUUGUUUUAACAUACAUUAUCCAUCGGGGCUGGCGUCUACACUGGAGUUUCUGCAGAGGUGUUUCUUCUCAAUCAACCCAGACAAGGGCAGUAAGGUGGAAGAAACCCGUAAACCCAGACUGCGUGUGAACCCCCGUGUACUCACCUUGAUCCAGAAACUUUCGGAUCAUGAGUGGCGUGAUGUUUGAGAAAGGACUAAAGUCAGUGAGUUAUCAAGACAGUGUUUAAUCUUAACAGAGCUGAAUAGAUUUGUAAAUGUAUGUUGCAUCUCACACCGUGUCUGCUGAAGUUAAAAAAGUUGAAAAGACAUAUUUAUAUUUGUUCAGUGGCUGAAUUUUGCUCCAUGUCAGAAAGCACA